AUAUGAAAAUUGUAGUAAAUGGCUGGAAAUCAAGGAAAAGAAAAAGGGUUUUUUAGAUGUUUAUUGAGCGGCAAUAGCUCUAGGCCGACUUUACUGAGAGGGGAUCCCCUUGAGAGGGGGGUUACGGGAUCUGCAAGGCGAGCAACGCAAGAACAGGCGGCCAGACAUAGUCAGGCCCAACGUUCAACUACCCUAGACCAUGUGCGUAGUCGCUUUGAGCGCCAGAUUAGCCUGCAUAGUCAUACGGUAGGCUCAGGUGACGAUGAUACUGAUUACGACGAUUCUAUCAGUCGGGAAGAGUUUGUCGGUCAGGAUGAAUCUGCCGAUCAUCCAGUUGAUUGGACGCUCGUCAGAGGGCAUGCCGGUCAGUUUAGGAUUAGAGGGCAUAGCGCGGCUGGCACUUCUGAUCACGCAGGAGUCAGCCAGGUUGAGGAUGCGGCUCAACGGGGGAGGAGGCGCUCACAAUCCGCGGAUAUGGACUGGUUGAUCACAUCACCCCAGCCCGGGGGCCCUGUUGGUACCACUUUAAUACCCAGCUAUGGUGGGCACGUAGCAAAGGUUAUAUUUGAGGGAUCCGAGCGCACCCCUCCGAUUUUGGAAUGUCGUCCUAGGAAGAGGACGUUGGAUGCAAUCAUCAGACUUCAGGACAUGUCUGAACGGGGUGUUACCUGCCACUCCUCUUGGUCAUCUGUCGUAUAUAAUGCACCAGCACAUUGAUAGUGCUCUCAUUACGGCAUUUGUGGAAAGGUGGCAGCGUGAUACCAACACCUUCCACAUGCCGUGGGGGGAGAUGACCAUAAUGUUGCACGAUGUGCAACGCAUCUUAGGACUUGGCAUUGACGGUUCACUUCCCGUUGAACCUGCUGAUUGUGACUGGCAGCUUGGCCUGGCCGGCCUGUUUGGGGAGCCAUUGUCGGAGUUACGUGGGAAGGGGCACUUCACUAGCGGUAGCAUUAACGUUGGUGCACUGUUGCAGUUAUGCCACCGUUCUCAGUCUAUGGAGACUCAGGCUGCUGCAUACUACAUGGCUAUAGUGGGUUUCACAUUGCUCGUGGAUAAGACUAGAGUUGGGAUGCAGCCUCACCCAGUUGUUGCUGUCACUGCUGAUCAGGAUGACAUUGCUUGGGGUGCAGUGAUGCUUGCUAACAUGUAUCGUCAACUGGGUAUGGCGACAAGGACUGGGUGCAAGACUAUUGCCCGUUGUCUGACACUGUUGCAGACAUGGAUUUACGAAUACUUCCCAACCUUCCCCCCCCCCGCUUCAAGCUGACAUGCCGAACAAGACUAAGGCAGCGCAGAAGCCAAUUCGUUAGCUAAGCAGACUGAGAAACUGUAGGAGCAUACUGGACACCAUGACAGAGACACAGAUGGAGUGGAAUCCGUACAUGACUUCUGCUAGGGCUUUAUUGAACGAGCACCCACGCACCGCCUAUAUCGGUGGUAUCACCUGUUUUGAUAUCGUGGAAAUCUAUUUGCCUGAGAGGACAGUCAGACAACUCUGUUUUGCACAGGCCAUUUUUCCCUCGCCGCUGAGACCUACCCAAGCUUUGCGAUCGGCACAGGGUUCCUACUCAGUGACAUUCACUUCUCCGUCUAUGUACACGGAGAUGUGGAGUAGGUUCCCUUAUUGUGCCCACGUAGUUGAGCAGGCACUGCGUCGGGCAUCGGUUCCAUCAGAGGCUGCCCCUGAGUACAUUAAUCGGUUUAGAGUGUCUUCCCACUCAUUUCUCAUCCCAGGUGAAGGACCUGCUACUGCGUUCGAUGUAGCGGAUAACAGAGUCGAAUAUUUUGCAGCUGAAUUUCUAUGUAGACUUGCGCCAUUGCUCAGGAUGCCAUCUAUUGUGCAAAUGAAGCCUCGGGAAAGACAUACUGCUGAUAUGUAUCUAGAUGAACUUAGAGAGUUGUUUGCCGAAUGGCAAGCGUUUAGAGGGCACAACCCUUAA